ACAUGCUCUAAAUAUAAGUAUGUUUUAAAGUCAAUCCAAACAUCCUCUAUACUUACCGUUCUAUCUAUCCUUCUUCUCCAACUUCCAAAGGAAGAACAAAUUCAUGGCGGCCAAACGCUCCAACGGUGCUAUCCUUGAAGACCUACGAACCGGAUUAGCGGAGUUCGAACUCGUAUCAUCUCCGGUCACUACAAUCGCCACUCGCAAUUCCGUACAAUCCGUUUUCCUUACCGAUCACAAUCACAGAUUCUUCGCCCGAAUUGGACCACAAUUGGAAGUUUCACCAGCGUUGAGCAAAGUGGAGAGUUUUAGGGUUCACAGAGUUACCGGUGAUGGACGCUGUAUGUUUCGGGCUCUGGUUAAAGGAAUGGCUAUGAACAAGAGCCUAACUCUUAGCCCCCGAGAAGAAAGAGACAAUGCAGAUGAACUGCGGAUGGCAAUAAAAGAGGUGUUAUGCGAGAAUGCCAAAGAAAGACAUCAAUACGAAGAAGCGAUAAUUGCAAUUACAGUUGAAGAAUCCUUAAAACGUUACUGUCAACGCAUUGGACGGCCAGAUUUUUGGGGAGGAGAGUCAGAACUACUGGUACUCUCCAAAUUAUGUCGUCAACCUAUCGUUGUCUAUAUACCCGAGCAUGAGCAUACAAGAGCUUAUAACGGGUCGGGUUUCAUACCCAUUGCUGAAUAUGGAGCUGAAUUUGGCAAGAGUUGGAAACAAGAAAAGCCCAAGAAAGCUGUGAGGCUUUUGUACAGUGGAAGUAAUCAUUAUGAUCUACUUGUAUAAUUCUUCUACAUGUUAUAUUAGUUCAAAAGUUUCUAACUUUUGGUGAGUUUUGACAUUUAGUUGAUUUUAUUAUAAGUCAUUGUUGACUCGGUGUCUCGGAUUGUUGUUUUCAUGUGAUGAGUUACAAGUGAAACAAAUAAAGACCCGAUUUUAAAA